AUGGGUGGAUCCUUUACCUCUGCCCCCUAUGGGCGGAUCCUUUACCUCUGCCCCCUAUGGGUGGAUCCUUUACCUCAGCCCCCUAUGGGUGGAUCCUUUACCUCAGCCCCCUAUGGGCGGAUCCUUUAUCUCAGCCCCCUAUGGGCUGAUCCUUUACCUCAGCCCCCUAUGGGCGGAUCCUUUACCUCAGCCCCCUAUGGGCGGAUCCUUUACCUCAGCCCCCUAUGGGCGGAUCCUUUACCUCUGCCCCUAUGGGCGGAUCCUUUACCUCAGCCCCUAUGGGUGGAUCCUUUACCUCAGCCCCCUAUGGGCGGAUCCUUUACCUCAGCCCCUAUGGGCGGAUCCUUUACCUCAGCCCCCUAUGGGCGGAUCCUUUACCUCAGCCCCCUAUGGGCGGAUCCUUUACCUCAGCCCCCUAUGGGCGGAUCCUUUACCUCAGCCCCCUAUGGGCGUAUCCUUUACCUCAGCCCCCUAUGGGCGGAUCCUUUACCGCAGCCCCCUAUGGGUGGAUCCUUUACCUCUGCCCCCUAUGGGCGGAUCAUUUACCUCAGCCCCCUACGGGCGGAUCCUUUACCUCUGCCCCCUAUGGGCGGAUCCUUUACCUCAGCCUCCUACGGGUGGAUCCUUUACCUCAGCCUCCUAUGGGUGGAUCCUUUACCUCAGCCUCCUAUGGGCGGAUCCUUUACCUCUGCCCCCUAUGGGCGGAUCCUUUACCUCAGCCCCCUAUGGGUGGAUCCUUUACCUCAGCCCCCUAUGGGCGGAUCCUUUACCUCAGCCCCCUAUGGGCGGAUCCUUUACCUCAGCCCCCUAUGGGCGGAUCCUUUACCUCAGCCCCCUAUGGGCGGAUCCUUUACCUCAGCCCCUAUGGGCGGAUCCUUUACCUCAGCCCCCUAUGGGCGUAUCCUUUACCUCAGCCCCCUAUGGGCGGAUCCUUUACCGCAGCCCCCUAUGGGUGGAUCCUUUACCUCUGCCCCCUAUGGGCGGAUCCUUUACCUCUGCCCCCUAUGGGCGGAUCCUUUACCUCAGCCUCCUAUGGGUGGAUCCUUUACCUCAGCCUCCUAUGGGUGGAUCCUUUACCUCAGCCUCCUAUGGGUGGAUCCUUUACCGCAGCCCCCUAUGGACGGAUCGUUUAUAUUUUACGAUAAGAACUAA